CCCCCAGGCAGCACCGCCCCCUUCCGACCAAAAGACUUCUCCUUCCUUCUCCGGCCCGAAAUCUUCCACCCCCUCACCCCACUCAACAUCCCCCCCGCCUUCCGCAACUCAACCAAGCAACCGCCGCCCGAAACCCCCCUUCCCGAACUCUUGGAAAAGGGCCACUUCCGCGCGGCCGCCAUAUCAGCCGUGCAAACCCUCACCGGAACAGGCCGCACCCCCCAGCAGCCGGACCCGUCGGACCACGUCAGGAUUUUUGACCUGUUGUACACCCGGUGGGCCUGCCUGACCUUGAUCAACUCGACCGACUUGGCGGCGCAGGAAGUGAAAGCGUUGGGGGAUCUGAACAGCGCGUUUUACCUCUCUGAGGAUCCCACGUCGGGAAAGACACAUCAUCUUGUUCCGUGGGGGUUGAGGGUGUUGAAUGUACGACUGCAGGCGAUUGGGUUUGGGGAUUUGAGGCGGGCGGUGAUGAGCUAUUAUGAGCUGGCGAGGGAGGCGAGGGUGAGGUUGGGUGAGGCGAUGGGGGAGCAUGAUAACUCUUCGCGGGAGCUGUGGAGGGAGAGGUUGGAGGAUUUGGGGGUGAGGGUUGCGGGGGUGUUGGUGGAGAUGGGGGAUGUGAAGGGGGCGGGGGCGUACUUGAGGGGGUUGAAGGUUGGGGAUGGGGGGAAGAUGGAGAUGAUGAGGGCGUUGCUUUGGUUGAGGUUGGGGGAUGUGGAUGCCGCGAGGGGGUGUGUGAUGAAUGGGGAGGGGAGGGGGGUCACGAGGGGGGAGAAGGUGGUUUUGGCCUUGUGUGAUAUGGCGGAUGGGGAGUAUGAGGAGGCGGUGGCGAAGUGGAGGGAGUUGGAGGAGGAGGAAGAGGGGGAUGAGAUGGUGAUGGUGAAUUUGGCCGUUUCAUUGUUGGAGGGAAUGGUGGAUGCUGGUCGGUCGUCGCAUACUUUGUUGUUUAAUUUGACGACGAUGUAUGAGUUGUGCACGGAGAGGGCGCGCAGCUUGAAGGUCAGAUUGUCGGAAAAGGUGGCGGCGAUGGAAGAGACGAAUGAUGGAUGGGAGAAGACAAAUGCCGAUUUCAAGUUGUGA